UUUGCAGAAUUUUUUGGCUUUGAGGAAGGAAACGGCUUGGGUUGGCGAUGGCUUACAAUGGUUCAUAUGCGGAUCCUAACGCAGCAGCAGCGGCUGGAGGUGAUGCAUACGCUCAAGCUGAUCCACAGGCUCUAAAAGAGUAUGAGGCAGCAUGGGCUCAGUAUUACGCUUCAUUAGGACAAACCGUACCUACUGGUGCAGCCGGUGCAACCGGUCCUACAGCACAAUCUGCUCCAAAUGACGGAAACGGCAAUGCAACGGAUUAUAGCGGGUAUUACGCCAAUGGGGCCCCUCCUCCCGCUGGGCCGCCGCCAGAAUCCAAAGCUGGACGCGGUCGUGGAGGCGGGCCUGACGGAUACAGCACUCGAGGAGGUUACGAAGGCGGUCGUGGAGGAUACGAAGGAGGAGGAGGAGGCCGCGGAGGAUAUGACGGUGGCCGCGGCGGCUUCGGCGGAGGCCGCGGGGGUUACGAUGGCGGUCGAGGCGGUUAUGAUGGUGGGAGAGGUGGAUAUGAUGGCGGACGCGGCGGGUAUGAUGGAGGCCGUGGAGGUUUCGGUGGCGGCAGAGGAGGCUACGACGGCGGUCGAGGCGGAUAUGAUGAUGGAGGACGCGGAGGUUUUGGUGGAAGAGGAGGCGGUCGCGGAGGCAGGGGAGAUUUCGGAGGUAGAGGCGGCCGCGAUGGAGGUUUCGGAGGGCGUGGAGGUUUCGGCGGACGUGAUGGUGGCUACGGCGGUGGCGAACGUCGUGGGCCAAGCCGAUGGGACGACGGAGGCCGUGGCGGUGGUCGAGGAGGAUUUCGUGGCGGCCCGGGAGGUCCCGGUGGAAGAGGAGGUUUUCAAGAUCGUGGGGACCGUGGAGGCCGUGGUGGCUACGGGGGAGAUAGAGGAGACAGUGGAGGUUUUCGUCAUGAUGACCGUGUUGAGCUGAAAGAGACCGUUUUUGUUCAGGGAGUACCCGUCACGGCAAACGAAACGUACAUCGCAGAUGUCUUCAGUACUGUUGGUGAUAUCGCUAAAAAUGACAGAACUGGAGCUCCUCGAAUAAAGAUCUACACAGACAGAGGCACUGGAGAUCCCAAAGGAGAAUGCAUGAUCACAUUUGCUACCGCUGAAGUAGCGCAACGAUGUAUUGAAAUGUACAAUGGUCAACCAUUCCCCGGGGGUGACCGUCCAAUGACGAUCUCUAUUGCAAAGUUCAAACCUAUGGAUCCAAGCGCACGUGGUGGUCCAGGGGGAGGUUUUCGCGGAGGACGCGGAGGAGGAGGCCGAGGCGGAUUUGAUGGCGGAUUCGGCGGUCGAGGAGGUGGUGGUGAUCGCGGCGGAUUCCGUGGUGGAGACAGAGGACGUGGCGGCAGAGGAGGUUUUGGAGGACGUGGCGGAGGAAAUCCAAACUUGGAACAACGCAGUAAUGACUGGCCUUGUGACUCAUGUGGAAACAACAAUUUUGCUUUCCGACAAGCCUGCAACCAGUGCGGAGCUCCAAGAGGCGGAGGAAGUGGUGGAGGAGGUGCGAUGCGAGGUGGACGUGGAGGAUUUGGUGGUGAUAGGCACAAACCGUACUGAUUCGUAAGAUCUUUGUGCAGUGCUGAGAUUAUCAUGAGCUGCUUGUCGUUAUCAAUUAAUGAUCUGUAUUGUUGAGACACUCAUCGUCAAACUGAAAUAGUUAUGUUUCAUGUGGUGUAAAUUGUCUGUGUUCUUAUUUAUCUACACAAUGCUUGUGCUCUCACAGUAUUGGGUGUAGUUGUUUAAUAUCAUUGCUGCGGUUUUCCUUUCAUUAAUACUAUUAAACUGUAAGUUAUUCAAUGAAACCUUCUCAGAUU